AUGAUGUAUGUGUUGAUUUUUUUUUUUUAUUGCAGUGGGCAGGAGGACAUCUAUCGUGAUGCAGAAGAAAUAGAGAGAGAGAAAAUACUACUUUGUGAGACGAGCUCUUCAGAACAUAAACUAAGUGUUGCACCUGAAAUGGACAUCAUGGAGUACUGCAGAAAAGAAUGGAGGGGAAAUACACCAGUAGCAAAAAAGAUGAAAAAGGGAUAUGAAGCAGUUGCUCAGAAGUUUGCAUCAAUAAGGAGAGUACGAGGUGACAACUAUUGUGCUCUCAGAGCAACUCUUUUCCAGGCAUUAAGUCAAACUACCCAGUUACCAAGCUGGCUGCAGAGUGAGGAUUUUACUAUGCUUUCUGAAAACUUGUUGAGCAAGUAUGACUGGAUCAAGCAGUGGCAGCUAAAAGAGAAACUGGGCAGGAAGAUGGGAAAAAUAAGUGAUGAAAUAAAAGAAUAUUUAAUACUUCUAAGGAAAAAGUGGAAGACUAUAAGUGAAAUUAAAGGUCCUAUUGAGAAACAAGAAGCUUGUGAUAAAUUGUUUAAAAGUGAAGAGGAGGAGUAUAGACUUUAUGAAGCACUGAAAUUUUUGAUGCUUAACACUGCUAUCAAAUUAUACAGCGACGAUAAAAAUGGAAGGAGAGUUCCUGUCUUCUCAUGGUUACUGUUUGCACGGGAUACGUCUAGCAACCCUUGUCAGUUAAUGCAUAAUCACUUGAAUCAUAUUGGUCACAGUGGAGGCCUUGAACAAGUGGAAAUGUUUCUCCUUGCUUACACUCUGCAGUAUACCAUCCAAGUGUAUCGACUCUAUAAGUACAGUACUGAUGAAUUCAUCACACUUUAUCCCAAUGACCCAGAGGAGGACUGGCCUAUGGUGACUCUCAUAACUGAAGAUGACAGACACUAUAAUGUUCCAGUCAGAAUGUGCCAAGAGACUAUGCUGUAAACAAGACAAACCUGUGCUGCUUAUUGAGGUUCCCAGUGCUAUUUUGGAGCAAGAUGAUGAUGAAAUCUGCAUUAUUAAACCUACAGCACUUGAAAUCUAUUUUGGAAGUUUACAUCUGAAAUAACAAUAUCAAAUAUGUAGAAGCUUAAAGAGUAGAAAAUUUGCAAGUAUAGCUUAUGUUGCCCAUAGAUAAAGGGGAAACUUCUGCAGUCUUUUUUUGAUGGGCUUAUUCUGAAAAGGAAUGCAAAAACUAUAGAUACACAUGUUUUAUGAAGAUAGAUGAUGCUGUAGUAAGACAGGAGCUGACCACCUGCUCCCUGAAAUAAUAGGAUAAUGAUGAGCUGACUUUUCCAGAAAAGUAAGCUGGCAGUAUCCUAUAUGUAAUCCAGAUUAGAAACAAUUUGUACAUAUCUUGGGUCUCAGGAAGUAGUUUCAUUCUUUUGCAGUUGGAAUUUAAUGCCUGCCAUGGUUUAUGCUAUAAGAGAGAUAUUAUCUAAAGUUUUCUAAUGCUUUGGUGUUGUUUCCCCCACAUGAAUGUCAGUUAUUUAGAAUCCAGUUGUCUGUGGCACUGAAAACCAACAGCUUUUCUCCUUUCAACCCCUUGAGAGGAUCAUGGGAAAAAGACUUGAUAAUAAGGGAGUAGAAAAGUUUUUUGUUAGUAUGUCACAAAUUCAAAACCUACACUAUAUUCCCUCUUCAGUUGUGAUAGCUGAUAGGAGGCAACCCAGAUGCCCAGCAACUUCCAUGUCUGUCCCAGUUACUCUGUUCCUGUAAUGCUAAUCCUCACUGAUAGCUGCUGUGGAGCACAUCAGGAUUUUAAUUUGUCUAGGAAGUGCAGCAGAGCUGAGGUCUAAACUGGGUGCAGUGCCUCCACAACUUCUUUCUGCUUAGAACUACUUUUUAUGCUUCAAGUUGAAGGAAUACAGAAUUUAACAGGUACUGGGCGUAAAAAAAAUUUAAUCAUAACGCCCUUCACCUCUGAGCUUAAAGUGGAAGUGUGCCCUGCAGAUCAUGGAACAUCAUCUUGGAACAGCAUAGUGAAGGUUUAUUUAAAUGACAUGCUGGUUUAUAAAAAAAAAAAAAUACCUUUCAUCCAAAUAUUAUGGAGGAAAUGACAUGCAAAACUUCUGGCACAUAGAACUUCUAUUUUUUCUGUUUUGUUCUACUCAAAAAUUAACCUUUCUGCUAUUGUGAAAGGUAAUUACAGAAUGAGAGUGUGUAUUCACUAUGUUCUAUACCAUGUUUUAGACACGUCUAAAUGAGGUCUGCCAUGUACUCGCUUCUAUUUAUCAUGUUGGUUUUGCUUUUUAAAACUAGUUAGAUGUGUUACUGAAAAUUUCCAGGAGCUACAGGGGAAG